AUGUUGUUGAAGGGCGGAGAUGGCCUGGUCUCCGCCUCGUGGGCCUGGAGGAAGAUUGCGCGCUUCGCGAUCGCUUUUAUCGCGGUCAUCAGUGUUGUGGUCCUGCUAUGGCCAUCGCGGAGGAAUGAAGAGCCCGUCGCCGAUCCAAUACCCGUCCAGUCCAAUUUCACCAUCUCUCCAAACGUCAAGUGUGAGAUUGACCUGCAAUUACUGGAGCAUCUUGGCGUGGAGAAAUUGGCUCAAUAUACCCGGCGACAUGUGACGGUCACCUUUUCAGACGAUCCGGUCCCGAUGCGACAGCAGAUGGACCAGCCUUUGUUUGAUGUCAAUAAGCGCAGCGCAGGGAAUGCUGAUCGCCCCGACGAGCCGCGCGACGGCUGCACGAUUCCUGCGCCGCUUACGGUCGUCACUCCGCAUCCGCCCAAAAUGGCCGAUGCGUCUCAUAUUGAUUUCGGUGUGGCGACCUCGAUCUCGCGGCUGAACGAAUCUCUCGAUCAAUUCGUGCACUGGGCAGGAUACACUCGCACGCGAAUCUUUGCCAUUGUUGAACCGAUGGAGUCUGAGCCUGAUACAAAGAAGGGAAUCGCCUAUGUCAAGGCCCGAGCGGACUCGAUGGGGAUCAAUCUGAUCGUCACCAAGUCCAAUGAUGAUUACCUGCAUCGGUAUUUUGCGCUGGUACAUCUGUUGGAGAAGAACCUGCGCGAGCAAACCAAGUGGGCGUGCAUCAUCGAUGAUGACACAUUUUUCCUAUCCAUGCCCGCCUUGGUCACGGCGCUCAGCGAGUAUGAUCACACAAAGCUUAUGUACAUUGGCGGGUUAAGCGAGGGGAUACCGCAAAUCAGUCAAUUUGGCAUCAUGGCGUUUGGAGGAGCGGGUGUUUUUCUCUCUCGGCCCUUAUUGUCUGCUCUCGGUGCCGUGUACGACGUCUGUGAGCAGAUGACUUGGACUGGAGAUCGUCGCAUCGCCCAUUGUAUCUACGAACACACCACCACGAGAUUAACCGUGGAUCACCGUCUCCGUCAACUCGAUCUCUUGGACGAUGCCUCGGGCUUCUUUGAAUCGGGUCGCGAGCAGCCUCUGUCUGUUCAUCAUUGGAAAUCCUGGUUCCACAUGGACAUGCCGAAACUGAGCGUCAUCUCUGAGAUAUGCGGUCCGUCCUGUCUACUACGGCAGUGGCAGUUCAGCGAUGGCUGGUUUUUGACGAAUGGGUACUCAGUCGUUCAGUAUGGAUUUCCUCCGGGGCCGGAUGAUAUCAGUGUGGAGAUGACGUGGAAUCCGCUCAACGGCGCAACGGUGGAGUCGUACCUACACGAACUGGGCCCGAUUCGUCGCAAAGAUGAGCAUAAAAAGAGUUUCCUGUUGACAGACUCGCGAAUCGAAACAGAUGGCCGGGUCACGCAGUGGUAUAUCUUGCGUGAUAAGACCCAGGGGGACCAGAUCUUUGAGCUCAUUUGGCAGAAAUGA